AUGCGUGCUUCUUUCUGUAGUUGUGAUAUAAUCCAGCGAAUAAGAAGCAUGCUCAAGAUGAAGUUGAUGUUGUUGCUGUAUGAUCUUCUCAAACUUCUACUCGACAAGAUCAUCUACUAUCCAGAAUUAUUCCUUAGAUACAGUGAAGAUUAUCAACAAAGUAAGGACGAUAGUGAUCAUCAGCUGGAGGUCAUGAACUUUGAAGCUUCAGCAACUUCAGAUCCUACUUGGUUGAACAUGCAAGUACCAGUGGUUCCGGUGGUAAUUGACACAGAAUUGAUUAAGAAGCAACUACCAGUUGUGCUAUACCGGGAUCUAAUUCUGAAGAAAACAAGCCGCCAACGCCAAUUUCAAGCUACAUCAUCAUCUUCGGAGCAGGAAAUGCACAUGUCAUCAUGUAUUGUGUGCAUGAAUAGCAUGGAGGGGAGGGACGAGGUGAGAGAGCUGUGCAAUUGUGAGCAUGUUUUCCACAGAGACUGCCUGGAUGCUUGGAUCGGUCAGCCUCAGCUAACUUGUCCUCUUUGUAGAUCUGAGCUAUUAAUACCAGCUCCAACUUCAAAGCAUGAUAAAGAUGGAGGAAGAGAUCUAUGGAGGACCCAGAGGAUGAUUUACUUGUUUGGUGAAGAUAUUUUCUUCAAUAUCUAG